CAGACUUGGUUUGUUUUGAGAAGUACUCAUUUUUUGUUUUUUUCUUUUCUGUUUAUUUUGCGAUGUCUGGACGUGGCAAGCAAGGUGGUAAAGCUCGGGCUAAAGCGAAGUCUCGCUCUUCGCGGGCCGGUCUCCAGUUUCCCGUGGGCCGAGUGCAUCGCCUACUUCGUAAGGGCAACUACGCUGAGCGGGUCGGGGCUGGCGCGCCGGUGUAUUUAGCAGCGGUAUUGGAGUACUUGACGGCUGAAAUACUGGAGUUGGCUGGUAAUGCGGCGCGCGACAACAAGAAGACUCGCAUCAUCCCACGCCACCUGCAGCUGGCCAUCCGCAACGAUGAGGAGCUUAACAAACUGUUGGGCCGCGUGACCAUCGCUCAGGGCGGGGUCUUGCCGAACAUCCAGGCGGUGCUGUUGCCUAAGAAGACCGAGAGCCAUCACAAGGCCAAGGGCAAGUGAUUUGACAGGGAUUUGAGUUUCCGGAAGUGCUUUCAAACCCAAAGGCUCUUUUCAGAGCCCCCCACUAUUUCAAAGGAAGAGCUAACACCACUUGGAAUAUUAAAGAAAAAGGAAGGUUUCAAAAGCUUCUCACUACAAAGAGAUGCCUAGAUCCAGAGUGUCUGUCAAACUCAUCAAUUCUCAGAAAUAAAUGGACUGGCAUCUGUGUUCUGACAUCAUUGAUUGAUUCUGUACCUGCCAAUUUUUUCCUAUUAAAAACUUACUUGGGUUUCUUU